AGUCGCUUAUCGAAAUAGUAUACAAUCACGACUAUGAAUAAUAAAAUAGGGCUUAAAAGCAAUUUAUUCGAAAAACAAAAAAAAUAGUAAAAAUUUAAGUAAAAGUCUAUUAGUAGAGCCCAUCAACGAGCGCUAAAAAUAGCGAGAUAACAUCCCCUCUACUAAUCAAGCGCUACGCGCACGCGAAUAAUCACACACUUGCUCAGGUUGUAUAUAGAGUAUAGGGCGCCUCCACACAGCUGUUUCCCAGACUAACCUCGAAGGCUCGACUCUCUCAUCUUCCAUAACACAUAAACACAACACACGAGCGGUCAAGCUUAUAACGAUCAGCGUGUACGAUCGCAGUGGGUGACGUAGUAAGCCAGUCGAGUCUGAGAUCCGAAACGUCGAGGCUCGACGCAAUUCGCUCCGCACGACAACAUGUAGUACGCCAGUAUCUUUCGGCUGCUGCAGUCGUUUUAGUCUUCAUCCCGAAACUAGCGAAUUUUUCGUGCCGAUAAGCCAAGAAUACUCGAGAUAAGUACACGCUCGAGCUUUUUUCUCGACAGUCGACUGCACGAGGACUAGGAAGAGACGCACUUGGAUCUAUCAUUAUGACGUAGGAAGAGUUUUUGAGAUUCGGAAGACAACAAUUUUGGUGACACGCACGCAUAGAGGUGUUCAAUGUAAAAUUUGCUUGGCAAAAUGAAAAAUGAAUGAGACUGAAAGGAAACAGUAUCCAGAGGAUUUGACUGUUAACGGAAGAAAUGAGUGGUCAUGUAGAGAACAGCCUUGGUACUGCUAUCCAGCUUCCUAUAAUGGCUCCGAUAACCAAAGUGCACUCUCUCUCCCCCACAUCAUUAAAAAACGAUGACAAUAAAGCAGAUGCAUCCGCAACAUACCAGGAGGCGUCAAUCACAAAUUCCCAGCGAGUAUUUACUAGUCUUGCUGCUGGAGCUAUAGCUGGAGGAGUUGCCAAGACUGCUAUAGCACCAUUAGAUAGGACGAAAAUUAAAUUCCAAAUAUCCAAGCAGCCCUUUACAGCUCGAGCAGCUAUUGACAGCCUCAUAAACGAUUAUAAAAGAGAUGGUCUGGUCAGUCUCUGGAGGGGCAACAGUGCUACUAUGGUCAGGAUUAUUCCAUAUGCAGCAAUCCAAUUCACAGCAUUUGAGCAAUGGAAAAGGAUACUUAAAGUAGAAGAGCCUGGCAGGGAGCAUGAUCAUAAAACCAGGAGAUUUCUCGCUGGUGCCCUAGCAGGAACAACUUCUCAAAGUAUGACUUAUCCUCUUGAUUUGGCAAGAGCUCAAAUGGCUGUAUCUCAAAAGGAUGAAAUAAAAAAUUUGCGACACGUUUUUAUUCGAAUUUACGAAAAAGAAGGUAUUGCAUCUUUUUAUCGAGGAUUCACUCCAACCAUACUUGGUGUGAUACCAUAUGCAGGCGUCAGUUUUUUCUUUUAUGAUACUUUAAAAAAUACGUUUUCUGUUUAUACAGUUCAUAAUCCUGGAUUAUCAGCAAUGUCUGGUUUGGUAUCAGGAGCUGUGGCUGGAAUGAUGGGUCAAGCAACCAGCUAUCCUCUAGAUAUAGUUCGCAGAAGGAUGCAAACAUCUACGCUUAAUAACAAUCUGAACACGCUUGGUGUUCUUCAGAUGACUAAGAAAAUUUAUGCAGAAGAUGGCAUUAGGUCUUUCUAUAAGGGCUUAAGUAUGAACUGGGUGAAAGGUCCAAUUGCUGUUGGAAUCAGUUUUGCUACCUAUGAUUUGGUAAAAGACACGCUUAGAAAAAUUUUAUGCUGAUUUACAAAUGUAAAAUACUUGAUACAAUGCUAGCUUAAGGCAAAGUUGACAUUGGUUAUUGUCAGGAAUCAUGUACAUGGUAUACAUAUAUGUGUGGGUGCGCGUAUGUAAAGGUCAAGUAUUUUGACAAUAUUUUCGUAAUGUUAAAAUCCUUUGUUUGUAAAUUUAUAUUUGAUAUCAUUUUAAUAACUGAUGCAUGAUAUAAUAAGGAUGUACAAGAUUUUUUAUGUAUAGAAUAACUUUAAUUUUAUACUUUUGAAAGUUCUUAUUUCCAACAUUGUGAUCUUACACUGAUAGUAGAAAAAACAAAAAUGGAAACACAACAGAGAAAAAGUAUUUUCAAAAGUAUAAAUUGUCGCUUAUAUAGUAUUCCAAAUAUAUUUUUCUAUUUUAUCGUCAAUUUUCUUCCACUAAAAAUUUUGAUUCCUUUAUGUGAAAAAAUACUAAAAGGAUAGUAAUAUGUACAUAUACUAUACAUGGAUAUAAAAUGAGUCUUAAAUACUCGUUCUGUACAAGAAUAUUGUCACAGAUACAAAAUAUUGUUAAUUGUAUAUUUGUGAAAGUGUAUUAGGUAGGCACUGAUUGAAAGUUGUUAUACAAUGUUAAAGAUAUUGAAUGAUUGAAGUAUUUAGAAAAGAAAAAUACGGUUAUCUGACCUUUUUUACUUUUUUAUUUGUACAAAAGGUUAGAAAAACUCAAAAGCCUAUCACAUAAAAUUGUAGUAAAAUACAUUUAUUAAAAAAUUUUAAAUUUUAAGUAUGUUAAACUUAUAAAUAGAAAAAUUUUUUACAUUUGCUGAUUGUUUAGGAGUAUAUUAAUUUUUGUUAAAUGUGCAAUACUGACAAUAAUAUUUUAAAUUAUGAGAAAUCUAAUGGUGAAAAUAAAUUUCUAUUAUGGUGACUGUUCCAAUAAAUCAAAUAUUUUGCUUGAUCUUUGUGUUCAUGAUUUUAUAUUAUUUGAUAAAUUCAUUUUGUGUUGAUAUUUAAUUGAUGCUGUUGUACUAAUUAGUCAAUUAUACAAAUUCUGGUAGGAAAUUAAAUGCUUGUAGAAAAUGUUUGCAAAUUAAUGAUUUGAAAAUCAGAACAAUAUUUAAUUCUCUACCAAAAUUCACGCUUGAAAAAUGCAUUUUACUUGUAAAAAAAAGGUGUGUAUAAAAUUUUGUGCAGUUAUUCGAGCGCUUUAAAUAAAAUUGUUAAAAAUAUUAAA